GACACAACCAGGCAUUCUAAAAAAACAAACAAAAAAAAAACAACUAGUAUUACAUUUUAAAUAAAUUAGUAUUACAUUUUAAGCAAACUUCUACAAAAACCAAAAAUGACUUAUCUCUACUUAGUCGUGUUACUUAUUUUCACAGGUAAGUUUAAAAUAUCGUAAAACAAAUAAUUGUAUCAUAAUAUUUCUGUAUAAUUGUGUUUAUAAGGUGGUGGGUCUUUUAGUUGACAUAAUAAUUUCUUUUUUUUAAAAUUUGUAUUGGAUUCAUAAUAUUAAAUACUAAAAUAUAGAAAAAUUUAAUAACUUACAAAUAUCUUUUAAAUAGGCCUGCAUUUUAACAUCUUUACAAUCUUCACUUGUUUGUAUAUUGUUUAAUGAACUUAAAAUUAUUGAUUGUCGUUACUGUUUUCAUUAAAUUUUGAGGACCUCUGGCUAUUUUACUGUGUUAUUUUAUAAAUUCGAGAUCUCCGAAUAACCCUUUAAACCCCCAUGUAGGAUACUUAAUUUAAAAAAAAAAAAAAUUUAAUAAAACACAUUAGACCUAUGAUUUAUUUAUUUCUUUUAUUUAUUUUUUUAAAAUUGACGACUAUUUCUGUUCACAAGUAACGGUCAUUUCAGUGAGGAAUUAAAGUUAUUCAUUAGGAUUACUUGGCGAUAGUUCCAAAAUGACGUGUCCUGUAAUUAUUGUAUAUCUUACCCGACUUGGAAAAGUGGUCUUGUGCAAUAACGCAUCAUUAUUUAAUUGAUAUUAAAAAAAAAAUCAGCCCACCAUGCCAAACAUCACAUUUGGAUUUUCAUCAACCUUUAAUUUCAAUUUUUAACAUCACAAAUAUUAAUUUUCUAAAGCCGGGGCUAUGUGUAUGUGGGUGAAAAAAAAGGAAGGGGGGGGGAGGGUGAGGGGGGUAAAUAACAUCUUAUAAAAAAAUUCGCUUCGCUUUUGUUCGUGUGUUUCUGUCUUUCUUUCUGGCUGAGGGGGGUGUGUGGCAAAAAACUUCGGAAGGCUAAUUAACUUACUUACCGUCAACCUAUCGCGCGGAGACUUGGCACAUACUCUCGGUACCGAUGACAACACAUGAUUUCAAAAGUUCAGCCCCACCUUAAUAUCCCUACACAACAAAAAUAAAAUGUACGGUUUUUCACAGAGAAUGUGAAUAAAUAUGAUGCCACUGAUUGCACGGAAUACAAUUCCCGAAAACUGCACUAAAUGAGAAGUGCGUUUGGUGGAUAAUAUUUUCUUUUUUUCUUCUGAAAUAGUUGGUGAAAUAAAUGUGCAGUGCAAAAGUGGUUGCGUCAUUGGGAUAUUAAUAUGAAAUAAAAUAACUAAAAAUUGCCUGUUAAGGAUUUAUAUGAAAAACGUUGUUUUAAGGGGCUGUUUAAAUUCUAUUAGGGGCUGUUUAAUUUUUUUAGGGGCUGUUUAAUUUUUUUCAGGGGCUGUCAAAAUUUUGUUACUGGCUGUUUAAUUUGUUAUGUGUUGUUUAAUUUUUUUUUUUUUUUUGGCUUCUUUCUGUCUGUUUUGAAGCAUAAGACAAAGUAAAUUCAUCAAGCCAGAUACAUUGUGUAUCAUGUAUUUAUCAACACGCUCAUCAAAUAUGGUUGACCGUCUUCUAGUAUUCUGUACUUUCUGCAUCCCUUUUAACUGGCUAAAAUGAGGUGCUUGUCUAAUGGCAACUACCAAUCCUCCAUAAACCUGGUCAACUGAUGGCUCUCAUUCGAGUAUUUUAACUGCAAUGCUUACAACAUACAACUCUGAAUUCAAACCAGGAGCCAGAAUGAUCAAUACAUUGAUCGUGGGCCCUCAAGGAAUAGAGAAUAAAAAACUACAACUUUAAAGUAAUUUUGCAUUAGUACGUGACAAAAAUAAUAAUCCCUCGGGCUGUUUUCUUCUUUGGCUUAUCAUUCCUGUGAAAUAUCUAGUGUGACUAGAAGACUACGUGGACAUCAGGGAGAAGCGAUAAAUUAAAAGAUAUGCAUUUAAGAUGGAUAACAGAAGAAAUCUAAAUAUACUAAUUGGGAAAAUGUUAGAAGGUUCACCUUUUUUUUAUGAACACACUCAAAACUGUAUAAAAUCAUUUUCGCGCGUUACUAAUUCCGGGGGAAGACCAAACUAUGGUGUGAGAGCCGCGGGAGUGUUCAGUAAAACUCUUAUCAGAAAGAUUGUCAAGGGAAAGAAUCACUAUUAUUUAAAAACGAAUUUUGCAAUGCCCCUUAAUUAUUUAUUCUGCAAAACGAAAUAACCUUACGGCAAUGUCAUGACAUUAAACACACGUUCUAAGCCACCUUUACGGCAAUGUCAUGACAUUAAACAACACGUUCUAAGCCACCUUUACGGCAAUGUCAUGACAUUAAACACACGUUCUAAGCCACCUUUACGGCAAUGUCAUGACAUUGAUUAGCGUUCUAAGCCACCUUUACGGCAAUGUCAUGACAUUGAUUAGCAUUCUAAGCCACCCUUACGCCAAUGUCAUGACAUUAAACACACGUUCUAAGCCACCUUUACGCUAAUGUCAUGACAUUAAACACACGUUCUAAGCCACCUCUAGGCCAAUGUCAUGACAUUAAACACACGUUGUAAGCCACCUUUACGGCAAUGUCAUGACAUUAAACAAAAGAUAUUUUAUUCGACAGUGUCCACAGAUGUAGGCAAUCAUUCUCCAUAAAUAUAUCUAAAAAAAAAAAAAAACUAUGACAGUUGGAUACUAAUAAUGACGAGAUUUUGUAGGAUCCACAGUUUCCCAGAUUUUCAGUUCGCCCAAAGCUUCUUUUAAAAUGUCUUAUAACACAUGUUUGCUCUAGGCGUGGAUCACAGACGUCUCCUCCAUCCGACCUGAGCUGGCCCCCAACACUAAGAGCUGUUUACUUAUCCUUUACCCAACGGUAGCUCGUUUAGGGCUUGAAUGUAGCGAGGCCAUGCCUCACCCUCUAAACCAGCCUAUGUAAAUAAUGCAGAGCAUUUUGGCUAUAUCAAUACUGCGUCGCAUUUUCGCUACCUCGGUAAUUCGCAGCAUUGUAGCUAUAAAUAUCGAGUCAAAAAUUGGUAUUGCAUCUAUUUCAAAUCAUUCAGAGAACCUAAUAAAUAUAAAAACUACAUAUUAAUUGAGCUAUAUCAAUUAUAUAACGUCAUUUAGCUCUAUGAGCCAUUCACAGUGAUUAUUAUUUAGCUCUAUGAGCCAUACACAGUAAUUUAGCUCUAUCAGCCAUAAACAGUAAUACAGCUCUAUCAGCCAUACACAGUCAUUUAAAUUUAUCAGCCAUGCACACUAAUUUAGCUCUAUCAGCCAUAAACAGUAAGUUAUCUACCUCAAUAAAAUAUAAUAAUUGAGUUACAUCAAAAAUACACUGUAAUUUAGCUCUAUCAGCCAUACGCAAACAUUUAGCUCCAUCAGCUAUACCCAAUAAUUUAGCUCUAUCAGGCAUACACGGUAAUUUAGCUCUAUCAGCUAUACACAGUAAUUUAGCUCUAUUAGCCAGACGCAGUAAUUAAGCUCUAUCAGCUAUACACAGUCAUUUAGCUCUAUCAGCCAUGCACAGCAAUUUUGCUUUGGCAGCCAUACACAGUAAUUUAUCUACAUCAAUUAAAAAUAAUAAUUGAGCUAUAUCAAACAUACACGGUGUUUUAUAUAUGUCAAUCACACAUCAGACAUUUCCUAUAUUUGUCAUGCACAAUAUAUUAGUUUUUAGGUAAAUAGUUUUAUGUUUUUCAAAUCAAUUCCCCUUUGAAAUCCUUAUUAAAUUGGGUUUUCUUCGUGGGACGCUGGCUGGCUGGUUGGCAAAAUCUUAAGAUGGCUAAUUGACCCCCUUCAAGCAAUUGAGAGGAAAAUUGGCACAUAGACUCCUAGCCGAUGAUAACCUCUAACCCAGACCCCCCCCCCCCCCAAAAAAAAAAAAAAAGAUUUUCCCGGUUUUCAAGGGGGAGAACAAAAAAAAACNGGGAAGAUCAAAUAAAAUCCUUGAUAACUGCGCCAAAUGAGAUUCUUACAAAAUAAAUAGUUCAAGUGCUUUCGGUGCGUAAUAUUUUAUGUUUUCUGAAGUAGUUGGUGAAAUGAUUCUGUGGUGGAAAAGCAGGUGGGUCAUAAGACUAUUAAAAUAGUUAAGGGGCGUGAAAAAAAUGUGCGAUUGCGAGCGGAAAAAAAAAGGGGGGGGGGGACUAAUAGGUAUUCUAUUGUUAACUUGUAUGCAUGAUUUGUCAAAUAUUCAGCCCCCACCCCCAGUUGCUCGAUUUUACAUUUAAAAGGGAUUUUUACGAAAGACGUCUUUAGUAGUUGUUUAGUUGUAAUGAUUAAAGACAAGAAAUAAUUAAAUCAUCCAUUUGUUUCAUCUAGAGAUUUUGAACAAAAAUACGCCUCAAAGUAGAAGUAACGCGCUUUACCAAAGUUGACACAUUUACAAUGAAGUGGCGUAACUAAGGUUAGUGCCACUGGAGCGCGUCAAGCUUACGCUCCCCCCCCCCCUAUUUUUUUUCACGAAACAAAAAAUCUCUGCAGUUGGCCAAAAAAAGGCACCCCUCAAAAUAAGGGAAAGAGUGCCACACGGGGUGAACCGCACCCUCCUUCCUGCGCCCCUGGUUCAUGUUUAUUACAGUGGUUGUCAUAGUUACUGUAGUGAUUGUCAUUUUUAUUGUAGUGAUUGUCAAAGUUAUUGUAGUGAUUGUCAUAUUUAUUGUAGUGCAAUAUUGCAUGUGAUGAAUGGCCACAAUUAACUUUAAGUACAAAGGGGGGUGGAAUAUGGGGGGGGGGGGGGAAAUUAAGAAAAGUAAAACGGAUUUUGCAGCAAAACGGAAAUAAGCAAAAGGAAAAGUAACAAAAGCUGUUGCCAAAGUUUACAGGUUUUUUUUUUUUUUUUUUUGUUUUUUUUACUGAUGUGUUUAAAUCUACAAAUUACAUUAAAAAUAAAAAUGAAAGUUUCAGAAAACCUCUCUUUUUAUUCGUCUGAUGGCCACCUUCGGCCAUUGGCUACGUCAUAGUUUGAUCGCGAGUAGGGACCAAUCAAACAAACCAUUAUAUUUUACCGGCUGUGUGUAGAGAAACAUCAGCUUGGAUUCAGGGGAGGACUAUUAAUUGUAUCAUUCGUAUAUAUAACUAUCUCUUUUUUUUAUUAUUAUUAUUAACUAUGUUGCUCACUUUUUGUAAGGUCAACCAUGACUAAUCUUGUAUUGCAUUUUUAUUCACAGGAACAGUUGAUGGACGUAAGUAGAGAAACAAAAUUAAGUUUAUUUAAAACAGAAAAAAAAAUGUAUAUUAUGAAAAGGAAUGUGAAAUGGAGAGAAAAAGAAAUCAUGAGGACGAACGGUAAAGAAAGAGUGGGAAAAAUUGUGUGUGUGUUGGGGGGGGGGGAGGGAGGCAGACAGACAAAUAAAGGAAGAGUCUAAGUUUAGUUAACUUAAGUUUUAAAUUGGCCCUUAGUCUUAGUUAAACACAUAAUAAUGGAGAGAGAAAGAAUCGUUAAGGGGUAGAGAAAGAAUGGUUAAGGGGUAGAGAAAGAAUGGUUAAGGGGUAGAGAAAGAAUGGUUAAGGGGUAGAGAAAGAAUGGUUAAGGGGUAGAGAAAGAAUGGUUAAGGGGUAGAGAAAGAAUGGUUAAGGGGUAGAGAAAGAAUGUUUAAGGGGUAGAGAAAGAAUGGUUAAGGGGUAGAGAAAGAAUGGUUAAAGGGUAGAGAAAGAAUGGUUAAGGGGUAGAGAAAGAAUGUUUAAGGGGUAGAGAAAGAAUGUUUAAGGGGUAGAGAAAGAAUGGUUAAGGGGUAGAGAAAGAAUGGUUAAGGGGUAGAGAAAUAAUUUUUAAGGGGUAGAGAAAGAAUGAUUCAUUAGAGGAGAGUUGAGGUGGGUAAUAGUGAACGAAAGCGAUAGAGGAGUACUUGCAAAUAAAAUAAAAUAGCACAUGGUUGGUAAUAAAUUGUCAUGCCAUUUCACAUCGUUAAAUUUGUUGUUUUUUUUGUUGUUUUUUUGGUAGAAUGUGUAGACCAAAGCCAGGCAGGUGCUUGCGGCUUUGCGUUUUCUGCUUCCUUUUACACUCACGCUACAAACACUCAGCUGGUUUGUGGGUAAGUGGACCAUUUCUUUUCAAAUGUUUGUCUUCAUGUCUUUGCCUCGACUCCUGUAGGCUGCACUGAAUUAGUAAGCAACGGAAAACUGUUGAUUUAAGUCCUAGUUGAACAACGCAUAUUUUUUUUAAAUUUGCUAUCUACUUUUUAAAUAACAUUGUAUAUCUGGAACAAAAUAAGGUUGGUGUUCACUGUGUUGAGUGUUUGAACAUAAAAAGCAGACGCUACGAUUUAAACACAUCUUGAAAUGGUGAAUUCCACUUUUUUUUUUUUUUUUUUUUUUUUUUUUUUUUUUUGUUUUGUGGGGGGGGGGGGGGGCGAGGUUAAAUGUGAGCCCUUUAUAUUAACUUCAAGUGUGUUCCUUGCUGGUUGGCUGGCCAAAAUUGUCGGACGGCGACAAGAUCAACUUCCCGUCAACCCAACGAGCUGAAACUUGGGACAUAGACUCGUUGCUGAUGACACGGGUUGUUUCAUUUUCUGCUGGACUUGUUUCUAUUCCCUCCGUAUUGACCAGCUCUUUCAACUCGCCACACCAUUUAAUAAUAACAUGUCGACGACCGAGGUCAAUCAAAUUAAGCAAAAGGCUAUAUUGGGUAACCCGCCCGCCGUGCUCGACGGAGGCAUCAAACUUUCAAAAUGUACUUUGAUACCGGCAUCGUCACACUUGACUUAAAUUGAUCUAGUGCAUGAAAUGGAAAAAUUUAGCCUUUUAAUGAACUGGGAUGUAUCACGGUGUGGGCGGAAACUGACCCAUCGGACAGAUUAUCACUUUCACACAUAGAGCUGAAAUACACACACAGGUGCCAGGGGCUAGCUAAACAUACGCAACUGGAAAAGUCAUCUGUCCUCUACUCACACACAAAACAUUUGAAAUUUAAAAAAGUAACGACUCUGGUGCCCGCUGGGUUUGGGGAGGGUGGGUUUUCACCCGGCGCCCCCUCCCCUCAACCCCUCCCCCCAAUGCCGUUUCAACAAUAGUAAAUUCUAACUGGUGCUCGUUUCUAUUUCCAGUGAUGUGAAUACCUUCGACGCCUGCGUACGGAACAUCUCCUGCCUCGCAGAAGCACAGAAGAACGACCAGAUUAAUCAGAUCAGAACGUUAGUCACUAAUCAGCAGGGAAUCACGUGUCGUAUGUACUAA